UUCUUAGUAAGAGAGAGCGAGAGAGAGCGAGAGACAGAGAGACUGCCACACUCACACAUAGUCACACACACUCACCCUUCUCUCUCUCUCUCUCUCUGGGUCUGUGUUGUUUUUUGGGAAUCGUCCUGCCUGUGUGUCACCCCUUUUCCAGCGCGGGACAGGGGUGCAUUGGAGCCCCCUGCUACCACAAGGUCAUGCAAGCACUGCCACAGUUCAGCCAAUAUAAGUUAUAUUAUUGAAAAAGAAAAGAACAAAAAGCCUCUACUCUACACUCCUAGUGCAAAAUACAGUGUGGAGAUUUCCUCUCCCUCUCCUGCACCCCCUCUCCCUGUGGCCUCAGUACGGCUCUCUGAAUCAUGCCUCACCUAUACAUACAGCAGGGAAGGAUAUCGACAGACUCUCUACACAUCCUCAUCGCGGCUGAAUAUCGAGGAAAAUUACAGACAGACAACGGAGAGACAGACAGACAGCAAAAACAACAACGAACUGCAAUUAAAAAAAAAAACAAUACACACAAACUUAAAAACAUAAACUCCUAAAGGAAAAAAAAACCCUUGGUGCCUUCUUACCUCAGGUCUGUCUGUCUAUCCGUCUAGUUGCCAUGGCUACUAACCGGGAACGCCUGUGUGCGUCGGCGGGCCAGGUGGGUCACAUGACCAACUUCCCCCCUGCGGUCUACCCAUUCGCCUUCCGGAGCCACUCCCCCUUCGACCUGCUGGCCAAUGGGAGCUUCUUUGGCAGAUUUGGGGCGGACCUCCAAAAAGAAAUGGCGGCAUUGUCUGUGGAGACCCAGAGCAGCAGCUCAGAGGAGAUGAUCCCCAGCUCCCCCUCCCCUCCACCCCCUCCGAGGAUCUACAAGCCCUGCUUCGUGUGCCAGGACAAGUCCUCGGGGUACCACUACGGAGUGAGCUCCUGUGAGGGGUGCAAGGGUUUUUUCCGGCGCAGUAUUCAGAAGAACAUGGUGUACACGUGUCACCGGGACAAGAACUGCCAGAUCAACAAGGUGACACGCAACCGCUGCCAGUACUGCCGGCUGCAGAAGUGCUUCGAAGUGGGCAUGUCCAAGGAGGCCGUGAGGAACGAUCGCAAUAAGAAGAAGAAGGAAGUGAAGGAGGAGCCCGCCCUGCCUGAGAACUAUGAGAUGACCUCCGAGCUGGAGGAGCUGGUGCACAAAGUCAGCAAAGCCCAUCAGGAGACCUUCCCCUCGCUGGGGCAGCUGGGCAAGUACACCACUAACUCCAGCUCUGAUCAUCGGGUGCAGCUGGAUCUCGGUUUGUGGGACAAGUUCAGCGAGCUCUCCACCAAGUGCAUCAUCAAGAUUGUGGAGUUCGCAAAGAAACUGCCCGGCUUCACCAACCUGACCAUCGCCGACCAGAUCACUCUGCUCAAAGCAGCCUGCCUGGACAUCCUGAUGCUGCGGAUCUGCACACGCUACACCCCCGAUCAGGACACCAUGACGUUCUCGGACGGUCUGACUCUGAACCGCACGCAGAUGCACAACGCCGGCUUUGGCCCGCUGACCGACCUCGUCUUCGCCUUCGCAGGACAGCUGCUGCCGCUCGAGAUGGACGACACGGAGACCGGGCUGCUCAGCGCCAUCUGCCUGGUCUGCGGAGACCGCAUGGAUCUGGAGGAGCCCCACAAGGUGGACACCCUGCAGGAGCCGCUGCUCGAGGCGCUGAAGCUGUACGCUCGCCGGCGCCGCCCCGACAAACCACACAUGUUCCCCCGCAUGUUGAUGAAGAUCACCGACCUGAGAGGCAUGAGCACCAAGGGCGCGGAGCGAGCCCUCACCCUGAAGAUGGAGAUCCCCGGCCCCAUGCCACCCCUCAUCAGAGAGAUGCUGGAGAACCCCGAGGCGUUCGAGGAGAAGGAGAGGGAGAAGGAGAGGGAGAGGAAGGAGCGGAGAGAGAAGAGAGAGAGGGAGGAGAAGGAGAAAGCCAGCGGGGAGGGGGAGGCCCAGGCAGGGGGCGGGGGAGAGGGGACGGAGAGAGGGGAGAAAGAGAAAGAGGAGGAGGAGGAGAGAGGGGACAACGCAGACAGAGAGACUCGGAAGCCAGCGAGGGAGAACACAAAGGAGAAAACCGGAGCCACACACGCGGAGUAACGCAAAAGUACAAACUGAACAGAACAGCACGGAGCGGAGAAACACAGGCACUGCCCCCCCAGCCCCCCGGGACUUUUAUCAACCCCCCCCCCCCCCCCCCCCCAAACUGUCUAUAUAAGGGGUGCUGGGACAAGGGGGUCAUUUUAUCUGCUCUUAUUAUUAUGGGAUAUUUUCUGGGGGAUAUUUUUUCUUUACUUUUUAUUACUGGUGGACUUUUAAGUGAUGAAAUUCAAAAACCAGCUGUCCGGAAAUAAAUAAAAAGCUAGAAAUAUAGAUUUCUUUUUUUUUUUUAAUACAUAUUUUUAGCCACAAAAAAAAUUGAUAAAUAAAGAAAAUAAAAAAAAGACUAAGACAAAUGCAAAAGCACCACCUAUUGUGGACUUUUAUUCUUUAAAAAAAUAUAUACAUACAUUAUAUCUAUUUUUACUUAGAGGUGCAAUGCUUCCAAAAAAGCUGCAGGUGGCGCUGGAUCUUUUUUUUUUUUAAACUCAAAACAUAUUCAGUUUGUGUUUUAUACAUGUUGGUUUUUUUUUCUUCAUAGUAUUUCAUUUUAAAAUGUCUUUGCCUCUGAUGCUAUUGCUGUUUUUCUUUCCUGCUCACCCUCCUCAGACACACCGAUGCAAACACACAAUCUCAUUACACGAGGGGGCUUGGGGGUCUGGUGCUUAAAGAAAGGGGCUUGUUACCAGGAGGUUCCAGGUUCAAUCCCUCCCAGCUCAGCCACUGACUCCCUGUGCGUGACCCUGAGCAAGUCACUGAACCUCCUUGUGCUCCGUCCUUCGGAUGAGACGUAAAACAAACAAGGACCUGGAAGUGACUGCAGCAGUAGUUGUGAUGCACAGUUCACCCCCUAGUCUCUGUAAGCAUCUGCUAAACGACUCAUUAAUAAUAAUUAGCAAAGCUGGUAUUAAACACAGGAGUUAGACUGGGUUGUAUCUGCAGUUUCCCAGGGCUGUGUUUCAAUCGCAUUGCAGUUACAAUGUAUCAGCCUAUUUAAAAAGGACCAAAUACAUUAUUUUUUUUGAAAAAAGAAAAUCGCCACACAAGCUGUAUUUUUUUCAAUCCUUCGUUUCGGCUGCAAUGCAGCUACUCUCUGCAAUGUAAAUGCUGCUACAGUCGUGGGCAGAUUCUUAAAGACUUCAUAUUUUUUGCACUUCGUUUUUGUUUAAAAUCAGCCAGGUCCUUCUAGAGUACCAAAGCAACAACUAGUGAAGAGAAAAAAAUAAAUACUUCCAGUGCCAAAGAAACUAGUACAAAUAAAAAUGAAAAACACAUUCAUUUGAACUGUCCUUUAAACGAUGUGCGCUCUGCAGCAGAGCGAGGAGGUAUGACCUCCGAUUGCUGCAAGUCUGUAAUAGUCCACUCUGUUCUUUUCUGUUCUACGGAGGCACGCUGAUUUCUAAGAGAAGUAGCAGCUUGUGUCCCUGUAGCGACAACACAGACAAACUGGACUAUCAAUACAGCCUGCUCUAGAAAAAUAAAUAGACUCUGUUUGAAACUGUCAGUGUGCCAAAUUUAAAAUCCUCCUCAGGAGUAAUCAAUAAAGUAAUCAAUAUCCGCUCCGUGCUGCCAGGAUUUGAUUGCACAAUCACACUGAAGCAGGGAGAUGUGUCUGGGAUCAGGAUAGGGGUCCCUUCUUAAUCUGUUUCCAAUUCCUUUUCAAAAUCAAUCCCCAAUUUCAAUUCCUGUUCCCUUUUAUUCAAUCCCAACACGUCGCUGAUCAGCUGAACGACCGCAGUGAUUAUUAUUACGUCUCUAAAUGAUCAAUUCCAUCGAAGGAAUUGGAAAGUGAUUUUAAAAAGGAAUUGGAAGGAACUGACCCCGACCCUGGCUGUAACAGUGUCAUGGUUUUUGGUUUUACGUCUUAAUAAUAAAAGGGUUGGCUUUCAAUUAUAACAGAACUAUGCUUUACUGUUGAUCUACCAGGGAUGGAAAUAACACUCCUGUUGCAUAGCAGUGUGAUCCAUUCCUAUACACACUGUGGCUAAUCAAGCUGGUAGUAAAACCUGGAAUGGGUGAAACUGCUGUGCAGUAGGAGUCUUGACUACAAGAACCGAAGUUAAAGAUUUGAUCAGGCUACACGAUCCAUCGCUAUUGAUCACUCAGUAGUGUUACAUUUAGCAGUGGCUUAUCAAGCUGCAGGCUGAUCAAGGAAUAUUAAAAGAGAUUGUAAACAAACUCAAUGGCAAACGUUGAGAGACAGAACAAGUCUGUGUGCAAUCGAAUGUUUCUUUCAUGGAGUUGCUUUUAGUGUCCCUCGAUCGGCCCGUACUCUGAUGUUUACAGAAUUUUACAGCACUGUAAAAUAAUAAUAAUAAUAAUAAAACAAAUACACUAAUUUUAACCCCCCAAAAAAGUAAAUACAGUUUUAAACAUCAUACAAAUGUAAAUAAAAAAGCACAAUUCGAUUCUUUAAAAGCCAUAAAAAUGUAAAUAUUUGAAGGACUGUUUUUUUUAAACCAGUCUUUAAAACAGUCCUUAAAUUUUGUGAAUAUGGACCAAUGUACAGCACCAAUCUAAAAGAGUCCUACUUGAAAUAAUAUUGUCAACUCACUACAUUUAUUUAAAAAGUAUUUUUUUUAAAGUCUGUUUUCAGGUAUAGAAUACGGUUUGAUUUUCACAAAAUGGUUCUGGACUGCGGUUCUAGAUUCCUCUGACAGUCUAGAACAGUCUCGUCAGUGUUAUUGUCUUCUUCGGUUUCUUCUAGUUUCAGUAACACUGAUGAAGGCGCUAGCAUUAGAAACGCCUGUCUGCUUGACUCGGUUUCUUCUAGUUUCAAUAACACUGAUGAAGGCACUAGCAUUAGAAACGCCUGUCUGCUUGACUCGGUUUAUUCUGUAUUUCAAAUACAUUUUCAGGAACGAAUUGUCAUUUUUGUUAUCUUUCUGCUUACUGUCAACGCUAUCAUCAUUAUUAUUAGUAUGACAUUAUUAUUAUUAUUUGUAUUAAUAUUAUUAUUAUUAUUAUUAGAUAUCCUUGCUUCUCUAACUUUCUAAAGAGCGGUAUGGGUUUUUUUUGGUGCUUUUUUUCUGUACGGUUUCACAAGUGUGAAUGUACCUGAUAUUUUCUCAGCUGUUUUUCGUGUGUUUGUUUUUUCCUGUGAGAGCAGGGUUCUGUGUCGAGGAUCCUGAGGGUCGAAGGAAAAAAAAUAAUACUGUCGAUAUUUACAGGGCAGCAAAAAAAAAAAAAAAAAAAAAAUUUAAAAUCUAAAAUAAUAAAUAAGGGGUCAUUCUUGCAGCUGUUGUUUUUGUUGUUGCUGUUUAUGAACUCUCUGAUUUUAUAAAGAAAAUGUUACUUUGAAACA